CCCUCAUCACCUCCCACCCCUCCCUGCUCCUUUCCACUGCACAGAGUUAAAGCCAGAGCCUGCAGUGACUGAUCACACUAGCCCAAAAGAUCCAGAGAAGAGGCGAAAGCAACUCUCAGUUCCCUGAAGAAAACUAAAAAAACGAGAAAACUGGAACGCGGUCCGGGUCGACUCAAAGGGGCUGUGCCACAAAACCGAGAAAGGGCCAAAUUGCAUGAGGGCAUUUAAAAUAAUUCUCCUUCAGCAGAGCUGCAGCUGCUCCUGUGCUUAAUCGCCAAGAAAGGAGAGUAAAUAUACCGAGUGGACAGUAAAGCAGGAGGAGAGAAAAGUGACUGGAAUGAUAAAAUGAGAAGCUGGCACAUGCUGAUCAGUGUCUCCCUGUAUGAAGCCCUACUGCAGCUGCUGGUCAUGCUGUCAUUGGGUUUGCGUGUCCUCGCAGUGUGCCCCUCCAUGUGCUCCUGCAGCCGCAGCCACAGAGAGGUUGACUGUUCCUGGAGGGCUCUGAGGGAGCUCCCCGACGGCCUGCAGCACAACCUUCGCUCCCUCAACUUGUCCCACAACCGGUUUCACAGUCUUGAUGGCCAGCUCACUGCAUACACCCAUCUCCGUGUUCUUGAUUUGUCUCACAACAGGCUGGACCACCUGCCCAUGAGGUUACCACGGUCCCUCUGGCAACUGUACGCCGCCUCCAACCGCAUCCACAUGCUGGAUAAGAAUGAUACCGUCAACCAGUGGAAUCUGCAACGACUUGACCUUUCCCAUAAUAAGAUAGAACGGGCUGUCUUCAUUAACAACACAAUGACCAAUCUGCGCAUGAUAAACCUAAGCCACAAUCACUUCUGGACUUUGCCCACCAACAUGCCAAUGCACCUGGAGACCAUCGACCUGUCCCACAACCUGCUGGUUAAGGUGCUGCCAGGCUCUCUAGACCGGCUUCCCAGACUAACUCACUUCUUUCUGCAUGCUAAUCGCUUUUCCACACUGCCGUUUGGAGUCUUAGACAAGAUAACAGCACUUAGACUUAUCACCCUGGGCAACAACCCUUGGUCCUGCCACCUGCCUAAUGCCCUCGCCUACUUAAUCUCCUGGACUCAGCAUACCACCACCUUUGUCCUGGGCUGCCCCUGCCACACCCAGGCUAUUUGUGGAGGGGUGAACCCUGGUAGGAAGAAAGAUGAGCACUUUGCCUCCUACAAUUUGCCCCCCUUAACAGCAAGUGCCGAGGACCAGAGUUCUGUACCUGCUCAGGUCACCGCCACCUGGUGGUGGUACAGGUCCUUUUCUACUCAGCUAAGCACAAGAUUACACCAACCCUUCACAGCCACACCCAUCGGCUUCUCCACCCCAUCACCUGGCACCGUGGGUCUCCACCUAACAACCAAGUACCUUUCUGCAACUAAUAUCCACCCUAAUUCCCAUUUCAUUUUUGGGCAAGAAAAAAUCUCCCCCAUGAACCGACUGGGCAACACUGACGCCAUGAGUGAGGCAAGCUCCAUCUCUAAUACAUCCAUCCCUGUUGACACCGGUAUGGCCACAGACCAGUUCUUCAUGACGCAGAACCCUUCUCUCCACACUAAGAAAACUACGACCCUUCGCACCAGGAGUGUGAGGAGGCCAAAUCAGUCCCUUGCAAGUGGUAUCAACAAGGCCGACAUAGCUUCUGCACCUUGCUCCUCGUUUAUCCAGAACCUGAUCUUGUCCUUCAUCCUGCAUCAACAUGUAUUUUGAGGGAAAAGGAAAUGCCACAGUGUCAAAUUUGAGUUUACAGCACACGUAUUUACAGCAUGCACACAACUCUUGAUGGCUGCAGACUGGUAAUUUUGCACAAGCUGAGCACUUCAGCAAAAGACUAUUAAAGCUAUUCAACAAGCUAAUGCAGCUCAACAUGCAU